AUGUUGUUUAUUAAUCUUAUAUCAAAUAUUAAAAUUAUAAUUUAAAUUGCUGUGUUGUUGUUGUUCUUUAAACAAAUAAAUUAAGCUAAUGGAUAUGAUUGUACACCUGUUAUAACAAGUUAAAAUUUUAAUGCAUCAUAAAUUAUAUGCGCUUUAGCUUAGACUAAUAACUAUGAUAUUAACCAAGUUAGUCCUAAUUUGGUAUUUCCAAGUCCUAGCUGCUAUAAUAUUAAAAAUGUUGCAAUGGGUGGUAAUAACUUUUAUGGGAUAGGAGGUGAUAGCUGUGAUUAUACAUAACCUAUUGUUUAUCGAUACAAUAGUUCUCCAUAUUAUGCUUAAAGAGUCUUCAUUUUCCCAGUUCAGUGGGUUUUUUAAUCUAAUUGCCCGAUGAUAAAUGCUUCUAUAUCUGUUAAUAAAUAACUUCAAAAAUAUACCUAAAUUACUCCUUCAUAAUACUUUGCUUCUUUUAAUUUAUGUGAUUACUAUUCAGGUGGGAUAUUUUUUGAUAAUCUUAAUGAAUUAGUUACUUAGAUUUCUUAUUAUCCUGGCUAGUAUACAAAAUAUAUUGAAUCGCUUUACAUAUUGAUAUUUAAGUGUCCUUUGGGUUGUAGUUCAUGCGAUAAUAGUUUGUUAAAUUGUCUAAGUUGCACUGAUGGAUACUAUUUACUGGGAAGUUCUUGCUAAGAAAAGGAUGAGACUAUGAAAUCAAUAAGUUAAGUAUCAUAAAUAGCAUUUACAAGUGCAAUGUCUUUGAGUUUUUUAUAAAGUGCAGUGUCUUCCUCAAGCUUUGGUAUAUUGAUGAGUGGUUUUAUAGUUUAAAAAUUUAGCUAUUUUUUAUUGGUAGAUACUAUCUUACCCAUAAAUAUCUAUCAAUUUUUGUAAGCUUUAUCUAAAUAGUAUCCUACUUAGCAGUUGACAUUUCUAAAUGCAUUCAAAAAUUUAAUUAGUUCAGAUAACUAAAAUUAUUAAAGUGAUAGAUACUAAUUAGUGAAUAUAUCUUUUAAUAUUUUACAGACAAGUGGAUAAUAUGCUCUUGUAUUUUCUGUUUGCUUAUUUUGCUUUUUAGCUUUAUGCUUAAUUUUCUAAUAUACUCACAAUGUUAAGUUCAUUUCAUUUUUUGGCAAGCUUUAUGAUAUAAUUAUAUCAGGAUUAAUCAUUUAGUAUAGUUAGCUGUGUGUAAUGAUUUUUUCUAUUGGAAUUAAUCAACAAAUCAAAGAAUUUGCAAAAAACUCUGAAAUCUAAUUAUUAGGUCUUAAAAUAAGUUUUACAUUAUUACUUUUAACAUCAAUUCUUUGCAUAUUCUAUGCCUUACACAAAUAUAUUAAUUAUGAAAAAGCCUAAUUUGAUGAUAAUAAUAAUAAUUUUAGUUAAAUCAAUAAAUAGAAAAUUCUAAAUGAUAUUAUAUUAGAAUCUAAAAUAAGAAGAUACUUUGUGUUAAUUAACUUAGUUUUUGAAGCCUUGCUUAUACCAACUAUUUUUAUAUAGUUCAGUUCUAUCUGGUAAGUAUGUACAUCACUAUCUUUAACUGUUUAAUUCAGCCUUCUUGUCAUAACAAUUUAUUUAAGACCUUUUGCUUCUAAGCUAAAUAACAUUUUUUUUAUAAUAAAUUCUCUGUUAUGGUUGAUACUUUACAUAAUAUUUCUUUUAAUUAACAUUAUUAUUUAGUAAACUCUAAGCAAAAACCAUGAAGUAUUUUUAGACGUAAGCUCCUUAAUAUUCUUAGUUAUACUAUUCAUAAUAAUAUUAUUACCAGUUUUUUUAAUGCUAAUUUAACUAAUUAUGUAGCUGAUUCAAUUUAUUAAUUAAAAAAGAAAAGAAAAAAAUAAUAAAAAGGAAUAGAGCUAAAAUUCAAUUAUCUUGAAUUAAAGUUCAAAUACUCAAAUAAAAAAUAAUACAUAACAAUCCUUAAAUAUAUAUGAAAAAAAAAAAUCAAUGUCAUCUUACUUUGAUUAAUUAACGUCAAAACGUUCUUGGUUUAACCGCUCUAAAAAAAAAUAAAAAAUAAAAAAUGGUUUUAGUAAAACAAAAAAUUGCAUAUAAAAUGAAUGA